AUGCACUUUGAAGAGGCAUACCCGAACAAGCCGCCUGGCGUCAAGUUCAUUAGCCAGAUGUUCCACCCCAAUGUAUACGGCACAGGCGAGCUUUGCUUGGACAUUCUGCAGAAUAGAUGGAGUCCCACCUACGACGUGGCGGCUAUCUUGACGAGUAUACAGAGUUUGCUUAACGACCCCAAUACCUCGUCUCCAGCCAACGUGGAAGCAUCGAACCUCUACAAAGACAACCGUAGGGAGUACACGAAGCGCGUGCGCGAGACAGUAGAGAAGAGCUGGGACGACUAG